AUGGCCGGAGAACGAAAGAAGAAGGGUACUUCUGGUAAUGCCAAGAACUACAUCACCCGGACACAGGCUGUCAAGAAGCUCCAGCUUAGUCUUCCUGACUUCCGCAAGCUAUGUAUCUGGAAAGGCAUCUUCCCGCGAGAGCCGCGCAAUCGCCACAAGGCCUCGAAGAGCUCGACCGCAUCAACCACGUUCUACUACACUAAGGACAUUCAGUAUCUACUGCACGAGCCCCUCCUCCAGAAGUUUCGCGACCAGAAAGUUCUCGAGAAGAAGAUCUCCAGAGCUCUCGGCCGUGGCGACAUCACGGAUGCCGCCCGUCUAGAACGGAACGCAGCCCGCCCCGAGAAGACCGGCAAGCCGCGAUACACUCUCGACCAUGUCAUCCGCGAGCGAUACCCGACUUUUGUGGACGCUGUCCGCGAUCUAGACGACUGCCUGUCGAUGCUCUUCCUGUUCGCCAAUCUUCCUUCUACUGCCGCUGUCCCCGCAAAGAUGGUUGCGAAAUGCGAGCGCCUGUGUCUCGAAUUUCAGCACUACAUCAUCACUUCGCACAGCCUACAAAAGUCUUUCCUGUCGAUCAAGGGAAUUUACUAUCAGGCCAACAUCCAGGGCGAGGACGUUCUGUGGCUCGUACCAUACAAGUUCAAUCAACGUGUUGUUGGAGACAUCGACUUCAGGAUCAUGGGCACCUUUGUCGAGUUUUACAUGACCCUGCUCAAGUUUAUCAACUUUCGUCUGUACACUGCUGCUGGUCUCAAGUACCCGCCUGUCUUUGACCAGGCCAAGGAUGACCUGGCUGGCGAGCUUGGGGCGUUCAAGCUUGAGGGCAAUCGCGCUGCCAUCGAGGGUGAGCAGGCGCCAAAGCAGAUCACUAGCGGCGGAAGCACAACUUCGGCCGGGCCUGACCCUAAGACGCAAGCUGCUGUAAACAAGCUGCUCAGUCAGAUGAGGCAGCAGGACGAUAGUUCUGAGCCUCGAUCGCAAGGUGCGAGCGUCAACGACGACGAGAUCACUGAUUCUCUGGAUAAGUUCGAGCCAGCUGCACCUGGUGGUGACGUUCUGCUGCAGCCCAGCUACGACGGAAAUGACGCCGGAUCACUGUUUGCCAACUGCACUUUCUACCUCUCCAGGGAAACUCCGCGGCAACCGCUGGAGUUCAUCCUGCGUGCUUUCGGCUGCAAGAGGAUAGGCUGGGACGCCGUGCUUGGCGAAGGCGCUUACACUACAAACGAGCUUGACCCCACCAUCACUCAUCAUAUCGUUGAUCGUCCUGUCCUGCAAAAUGCUCAGGGCAACGGCAUGAUUGAGGACAAUCAGACUGCGCAGAAGCUUGCUGCGAAUCAGAGAGUGCCUGGCCGAACUUACAUCCAGCCUCAAUGGGUUUGGGACUCGGUCAAUGACGUAGAAUUGAAGCGACCGGAUCUGUACGCACCGGGCGCGUCUCUUCCACCUCACCUGAGCCCCUUCGUCAAGAGCACCCAGGGCGCAUAUGAUCCUACCGUUCCUCUUGAGGAGCAACAGACAGAAGCUGAAGCUCUGGCUGAGAGCGACGUUGAGGAGGAUGGCGAGGGUGCCGAGAACGACAUGGACGUUGCUGAAGACGAUGACCAAGAUGAAGAUGGCUCGGAAGACGGCUCUUUCGGAGGGUUUGAGGAAGACGACGGCGAGGACGAAGAGGACGAGGACGAGGAGCAGACCGCGGAGAUUGAGCGUCAAAAGGAGCUCGAGGCGGAGCUAGCAGGCAAACCCGUUAAGCGCGCAGCGACCAGUACGCCUCAGAACAAGGCCAAGGCUGAAGCGCGGAAGAAACUUGCAGCACAAGCCCGUGAGGAAGCGGAGGAUCUUGAGCGUGCCAAGGGCAUGUUGAGCAAGAAGAAACGGAGACUUUACGACAUGAUGGAGUACACCAACAAGAAGAAGAGCGACCAGGACAAGGUGCUGAGGGAGAAAAGGCGCAAGAUUGAGAAGCAGAAGAAUAGGGCAUAG